AUGGGAGUGAUGCUAAUCUCACUGCUUCAUCAGCAGACUAGCAUCACCUGGUUUAUAUUUCAUCCUCAUCAUACGCAAGCCUCCAUCUUUCCGGAUACAUACGCCAUUCCUGUUGUUCGCAGGCCAUUCAGACAAAGAAAGCCUCAAGAUGUCUUCGAGUAAAGCUAAGAAGAAGCACAGAACGCGCGCCCAGCGCUACACCUCCAAUGUCUUUGCCAUGUUCAACCAAGCUCAGAUACAAGAGUUCAAGGAAGCGUUCAACGUGAUAGAUCAAAACAGAGAUGGCUUCGUCGACAAAGACGACCUCCUGGAGAUGUUGACUUCCCUGGGCAAGAACCCCACGGAAGACUUCCUUGAGAAGAUGAUCAGCGAGGCGCCCGGUCCCCUCAACUUCACCAUGUUCCUCACCCUCUUUGGCGAGAAGCUCAACGGAACAGACCCAGAGGAUGUGAUCAAGAACGCCUUUGCUUGUUUUGACCCGGAUGGCACUGGUUGCCUGAGCGAAGACCAUCUUCGUGAUCUCAUGACCUCAAUGGGCGACCGCUGGUCCGACGAUCAGGUUGAUGAACUCUUCCUCGGUGCUCCAAUAGCGGAAGGAAUGUUCAACUACUUGGAGUUCACCAAGACACUGAAACAUGGCUCAGAGAAAGAUGAUGAUAUGCCUAAUUUGCCUCCCCCGCCAAAGAAGUAAUGAAGUGAACUUUUAACAUGUGUAUAGCGGAGUGAAAGUUCCUUUCGUGCAGACAGUUUUUCUUUUCAGAAGACUUGGUGCACAUAUGUAAAACUUUAAAACAAUGUUGAGUGGAACAUCCUGAGACUCUUCUUUCUUGAAGAAAGACCUGUGUUCCCACUGUCUCCUACAAUAGAAAGUGGCUUUUCGAUCUGGCCUCUGGGAUAAGGACCGUUUGGUCACAACUUUCAUCAGGGUAGGUCCCCAACCAUUCGGUAUCCAAGUCGGGCGACCUGAUGCACUUCAAAAGUGGCUUCGCACCAGCAAGAUCUCUACAGAAAGAAUAUUGGAACGUUCAGGUCAUUAAAGUUUCUUGACUGAUGGUAGCUUUAGGGGCCUCGCAUCCUUCUCUUCUUAUUCGAAUACUCCGCCAACACAGCGUUGUCAGGACAGUAAAUGGACAUGUAGCAUAGCUCACUUUCUCAGUUACCGGUAUUCGCAUUUUCUUCACAAUUUUUGUACUCGUCUUGCCGACGAUAAUGUGAUAGGAUAUUCACACACACGUUUAUAAAUUAUGAUACCAAAAGGCUGAUGGAAAACCUGCAAUAAAGAUAGGUGUAUUCGUUACAAAUGUU